GAGGAGUGGGAAUUGGCUCAGUGGCUCAUCAAAAAUCUUGGACAGACAUGGACUGACAAAUAUUUGAAGUUACCAAUAAGGGUCAACAAUCUUCCACAUGGACCAGGUUGGAGUUGCAGGAAGGUUACCGUGUGGGGUAACCUUGAGGAUGAUAAUGGAGUACCAUUGCAAGAAAAUGUUGAGCUUUGG